AUGGCCCAGUUCGUGUUCGAGAGCGACCUGCACUCGCUGCUGCAGCUGGACACCCCCAUCCCCAAUGCACCCCCGGCGCGCUGGCAGCGCAAGGCCAAGGAGGCCGGCGGGCCGGGCCCGUCGCCCAUGCGAGCCGCCAACCGCUCCCACAGCGCCGGCAGGACCCCGGGCCGGACGCCCGGCAAGUCGGGCAAGGGGGCGCCAAGGGCCCCCCCCACGCCCAGCAAGCCCGGCGGCGACCGCUACAUCCCCCUCCGCAGCGCCUCCCAGAUGGAGGUGGCCAGCUUCCUCCUGAGCAAGGAGAACCAGCAGGAGAACGACGAGACGCCCACCAGGAAGGAGCAUCAGAAGGCCUGGGCUCUGAACCUGAACGGUUUUGAUGUGGAGGAAGCCAAGAUCCUCCGACUGAGUGGAAAACCACAGAAUGCCCCAGAGGGUUACCAGAACAGAUUGAAAGUCCUCUACAGUCAGAAGAACACCCCAGGCUCCAGCCGCAAGACCUGCCGUUACAUCCCCUCCCUGCCAGACCGAAUCCUGGAUGCCCCAGAGAUACGGAAUGAUUACUACUUAAAUCUUUUGGACUGGAGUUCUGGGAACAUACUGGCUGUGGCCCUGGACAAUAGCGUAUACUUGUGGAAUGCGGGCUCUGGUGAUAUCCUGCAGCUGCUGCAAAUGGAACAACCUGGGGACUAUAUAUCUUCUGUGGCUUGGAUCAAAGAGGGCAACUACCUUGCCGUGGGCACUAGCAAUGCUGAGGUGCAGCUAUGGGAUGUGCAACAGCAGAAACGGCUUCGAAACAUGACCAGUCACUCUGCCCGAGUGGGCGCCCUGUGUUGGAAUAGCUAUAUUCUGUCCAGUGGUGCCCGCUCUGGUCAUAUCCAUCAUCAUGAUGUUCGUGUAGCAGAUCACCAUGUGGCUACACUGAGUGGCCAUAGCCAGGAAGUGUGUGGGCUGCGCUGGGCCCCAGAUGGACGACAUUUGGCCAGUGGUGGCAAUGAUAACUUGGUCAAUGUGUGGCCUAGUACUUCUGGAGAAGGUGGCUGGGUGCCCCUGCAGACAUUUACACAGCACCAAGGGGCUGUCAAGGCUGUAGCUUGGUGUCCCUGGCAACCUAGUAUCUUGGCAACUGGAGGAGGCACUAGUGAUCGACACAUUCGCAUCUGGAACGUCUGUUCAGGGGCCUGUUUGAGUGCUGUGGAUGCCCACUCCCAGGUGUGCUCCAUCCUCUGGUCUCCCCACUACAAGGAACUCAUCUCAGGCCAUGGUUUUGCCCAAAACCAGCUGGUUAUCUGGAAGUACCCAACUAUGGCCAGGGUCACUGAGCUCAAAGGUCAUACAGCCCGGGUACUUAACCUCACCAUGAGCCCUGAUGGGGUCACCGUAGCAUCAGCAGCAGCAGAUGAGACCUUGCGGCUCUGGCGUUGCUUUGAGUUGGAUCCUGCCCGCCGGCGGGAGCGGGAAAAGGCCAGUGCAACCAAAAGCAGCCUCAUCCACCAGGGCAUCCGUUGA